CCCUCCGUCACAGAGGCUAAAAGGUCCAUGGGACAAUCCGUCUACCCCUGUCUGUGCUUAAGAAACCCCAUUUAGCAUUGAUGCCCACCUACCUUUGAAGAAUCAAAACAUCUUAGAUCUGCACAUACAUUAUCUCACACCUAUGUCUUUGUGACAGGUGAAGAGAGGUGGCAAGCUGCUGAGUUGAAUUUACCAGCCUAGUUUUAUUCGGUACAGUUUGUUAAAGAUCUGCAGAGUACAGAUCAGUAUUGAAAGUGGCUGUUUUUGGUCAGCUGACACCAAAAAUAAUUUUUUGUUGUUUCUGCCUUUUUCGGAAGGACUGAAAAGGUGAACUCUUAAAUUUUCUAGAAUCACCAACACCCUUCUUCUUCAUCUGGCAAAGAACUUCAAGCGCUCACCAUGUGGGAGUUCCGGUCUAUGAAUUUUUGGCGGGCAGUCUUUGCAGAGUUCUUCGGGACCAUGUUCUUUGUUUUUUUUGGCAUGGGUGCUGCCUUGCGUUGGACCACUGGGCCUUAUCAUGUCCUUCACGUGGCCCUAUGCUUCGGUUUGGCUGCUGCCACUUUCAUCCAGUCCAUUGGCCACAUCAGUGGUGGCCACAUCAACCCUGCUGUUACCUUUGCCUACCUGAUCGGUUCACAGAUGUCCUUCUUCCGUGCCUUUUUUUACAUCUUCGCACAGUGCCUGGGAGCUGUGGCGGGGGCUGCAGUGCUGUAUGGGGUCACGCCUGGCAACAUGAGAGGCAACAUGGCAAUGAACAUGCUGCAGCCUGGCAUGAGCCUGGGGAUGGCCACCACAGUGGAGGUUUUCCUCACAAUGCAGCUUGUUGUCUGUGUCUUUGCUGUGACCGAUGAGAGGAGAAACGGCCGCCUGGGAUCAGCAGCCCUUUCCAUUGGCUUCUCUGUCACCGUUGGGCAUCUCGUGGGGAUGUACUACACUGGUGCUGGAAUGAACCCUGCCAGGUCCUUUGCCCCUGCAGUGCUUUUCAGAAACUUUAUCAACCACUGGGUGUACUGGGUUGGGCCUAUGAUCGGAGGUGCCAUGGGUGCCAUCUUCUACGAUUUCAUACUGUUCCCACGUAUGAGAGGUCUCUCAGAGCGUCUGGCCACACUGAAAGGAAGUCGACUCCCCGAGAGCGAGACUCAGCAAGAGACUCGAGUGGAACCCAUCGAGCUCAAAACACAAUCUCUAUAAGCUGGCCCAGUCCCCUUUUCUUUGAAUGGGGGCCUGGGGUUGAGGGACACAUCCCUGAGCUACGCUGACCCCCACCUCAAAUGUUCCCCCUCGACCCCAUGCCUUCACGCUCCACUGUACAAGACUAACCCAAAAUGUUCACAGAUAUUCUAAAAUGUUGGUUCACCACCUUCAACCUCAGCACACAACGAGACUCCUCAACCCCCCCACAGCUCUAUUUCUGUACUUCUAACAGGACAUUGUGCUUUUCAUAAACGGUGACCAAAGCUUGAACUAUUCGUUGUCUCGUCUCUCCAUCACCGUCUAAGAUGCCAAAGAAUGUGGAAACCCUGAUAUUAAACAGAGUGGUGUGGGGAGAAGGGUGUCAGAAACUAAGAGACUGGGGCAGGAUGUAGGUGAGGCAGGGAUGAUGAAAGGUGAGAGGGAAUGAUAGAGAUGGGAGUAAAGCAAGAAUGGGGUUUGGAUAUGACAGAGAGGGGAACACUGUCUUUUUUAGGUUGGGUUAGAUCAGUGAAAAUGGACUUGCUUUUCAUUAUUUAUCUGAGCUUAUCUCUUUUUUUUUUUGUUUGUUUCCUGCCCUUCAGACACAAUAUGUGGAUGUAAACUACGAAUUCUAACAGGGUUUCAGUCAUUUCAAUCACUACAUUUUAUCUGUAGGUUUGUGUGUGUGUGUGUGGGUGUGUGUGUGUGUUGUAGAGAUGAGAGAAAGAGAGAGAGAGAGAUUGAGAGAGUGAGCAUGUGGGUGCGCCUGCUUGUGUGUGUGUGUGUGUUUGCAGGUGAGUGCGUGUAAAAGUGCUAACUUAUGUGAUCAAGUUUGCAGAUCCAGUACUUCGUCUUUUUAUUUUCAUUACCGCUCUGCUGUUUUGUACCAUUACCUGUAUUACAUUUGUCAUGCCAUGAUCAUUUCUCCUCCCCACCCUGUUGGAUGUCUGACAGUUAUUUGCUAUAGUAUUCAUUUUUACAUAAACCAUCUGCUUUGCUGUUCUGAACCAGCAUAAUCCACAAUAGAUGUUGUAUCCCAGACAUUUGGUCUCCUAUAGUUAUUUGAUUCAUACUGGGAGCACACAGUGUUUCAAUAAAAAAAGUGUAAAAAUCAAA